ACAGUCAUUUAUGAAUUAUAUUAUUAGUUUUUAGUUUAUAUUUUGCAUUGCUUAAGUUAACAUGUUAAAAUUAUUGUUCUUAAUUGCAUCUUGCACCUGCAUUUUUGCACAGGAUGAUACCGAAGAGAGAAAGCAAAUGGAUGUGUUCCGUUUGCCCAACAAUACCGAACCAAUAUCUUAUAAACUAAAUAUACAGCCUUUUAUUGAAACAGAAAAUGAAUUCAACUUUAACGGUACCGUGCAAAUUACGGUUAAAGUGAAAACAACAACAGAAAAUUUAACUUUAAAUGCAGAUGAUUUAAUAAUAGAUCAAAUCAAUGUUAAGAAUAUAAAUGAAUCAAUUAAUAUCGAUGUGAAUAACAGAUAUAUCGAGGUUAAAAAUGAACAACUCAUCAUUCAACUUAAGUCACCAGGAUUACUUGCUGAUCAAGUGUAUGAAGUUCAAAUCACAUACUCGGGAAAAUUACGGGACGAUAUGAGUGGUUUCUAUAAAAGUUGGUACAUAGACGAAAAUACUAAAAAAAUGAAAUGGUUAGCUGUUACUCAAUUCCAACCUACAUAUGCUAGAAGGGCGUUCCCGUGUUACGACGAACCUGCAUUUAAAACACCUUUUUCAAUUGUAAUCACGAGAUUAGAAUCACACAUUUCUUUAUCAAACAUGCCAAUAGCACUAACAACAGACCAAAAUACCACCGAAUCUUCAACACAACUUAAAUAUGUAUCUGAUCAUUAUCAAACUACAGAACCAAUCUCUACGUAUUUAGUAGCAUUUUCGGUUUCUGAAUUUGUGAACACAACGAAAGAUCAAAAAGUUUAUAUUUACACACAUGCAGACUAUAUCGAUCAAACAACUUACAUUAACGAAAGGGCGAAUAAAUUGCUCAACCUGAUGGAAUUUUACACAAACAUACCAUAUACAAAUUCAAAAAUAGGCCUUUUAGCGAUUCCAGACUUUUCGUUUGGUGCGAUGGAAAAUUGGGGAUUAAAUACAUACAGAGAAAAAUAUUUAUUAGUGACAAAUAAAUCUACUGAAAAAGAUAAAGAAAAUGUAAUUACAAUAGUUCAACAUGAAUUGUCACACCAGUGGUUUGGUGAUCUUGUAACAUGUUCUUGGUGGGAUUAUACUUGGUUAAAUGAAGCUUUUGCUACAUUAUUCGAAUAUUUUGCAGUUCAUGUGAUAGAACCUGACUGGCGUAUUGGAGAUAUAUUUGUCAUUGAACAACAUCAAAAAGCAUUAGUUUACGAUCAUAUAUCACGUCAUCCAAUCACAGCAACUGUUAAAGAACCAAAUGAAAUUCAAAAUAUUUUUGAUAUAAUUACUUACAACAAAGGAGCUUCAGUGUUAAGAAUGUUAAAACAUGUAUUGAAUGAUGAUAUAUUUAGAACAUCUUUAACAUUAUACUUGAAUACUUAUAAAUAUAAAGCUGUAGAACCAAAAAAUUUAUGGAAUUCAUUUGAUAGUGUAAUAUUUGACGCCAAUUAUAAAUCAGGAAUAUUAGGAAAUACAAUUACAGUUGAAGAGUAUAUGAGGUCAUGGACUGAUCAAGCAGGAUAUCCUGUAAUAAAUGUCGAUUCAGGCAAUCCCAACUUUCUUAUUGUAACUCAAAAACAUUAUGAAGUGGAUGUGCCUAAAUUAAAUUAUACAACUUUGUGGUAUAUUGGUCUUACAUAUACUAGUCAAAAAUACCAACAAUUUAAUAAUCUUCAACCAACUGUUUGGAUGAAUAAUACAGAAACCGAAGUAACUAUACCACUAAUGAAUGAUGCAGGAUGGGUAAUAUUUAAUCUUCAAUCAACAGGUUUUUAUAGAGUUAAUUAUGAUAUUACGAAUUGGUAUCGACUAAUUGACGAGUUGAGGUCUAACCCAAAAACAAUACAUGUUCUUAACAGAGCACAACUGAUUGACGAUUCAUUUAACUUAGCAAGAGCAGGCGAAUUGACACACUCUGUACCAUUUACUUUAGUGUCUUAUUUAGAGAAUGAAGAUGAUUUUAUUCCAUGGUACUCGGUGAAAAAUAGUAUGUCAUACAUUGUAGAACGGUUAAGACGCUGUCCACAUACUGGAGCUCAAGUACAAGAUUUUGCAAAAAGGUAUGCAGAAAUAGCAUACAAAAAAGUCAGUGACCAAUACGAGAAAAAUGACAGCCAACAUUUAACAAAGACUAGUAUGCAAGCAUUUUCAAAUUGGGCGUGCAAAUUAGAUGUUGAAUCAUGUGUUAAUUCAUCUUUAAAUUAUUUUAAUGAAUGGGAGAAAAAUGGAACAGAAAUUCCACCAGAUGUUAAAGAAGCAGCCCUUUGUAGUGGUGUCAAAAGUGGAACUGCUGAAACAUGGAAUAAAGUUUUUGAAUUAUUUAAGGAUACUAUGUCAACCUCAGAAAGGCAAGCAUCACUAUUAGCAUUGGCUUGCAGCACAAAUGGAACAAUAUUGUCAGGGUAUUUAAACCUUUUACUUAAUGAUGAUUGUCCAAUACGUCCACAAGAUUAUAAAACUAUGUUUAAAUCACUAACAUCAACUCCUAUUGGUAUUAACGUAACAACCGACUUUUUACAAAACAAAAUCAAUGAAACUCUGAGAAAAAUGUGGGAAGGUGAAGAAAUGAUUAUGCUAAUAUACUCAUACUUGGCUUCAAAUGUAGCAACAAUGAAAGAAAUAAAUGAGUUAAAUGUAAUCAGAAAUUUCACUUAUUUAUCACCGACAUUGAAAAAAUCAUUUGAUGAAUCAUACAUGGAAGUGGAACUCAAUUCUGCUUAUUUUGAGAGGUGUCAUCCUCUUAUGCACGAAUGGUUCAAUCCAUCCACUGCUUCUACUACCCAAGCACCAUCCAGUGCUAUUUCAAAUUCAUAUCAAUACAUUAAUGUCAUUGUUUUAUCUUUGUUUUUUAUAACAAUACUAGUAAAUAUUAAUUUUUUCAACGCAAUGCAAUAAUUAUCAAUAUAUUUA